UUCGCGCGCGCGUGCGUGUGGAGAGCGGAACGGCACGACACUGACGUCAGACACGAGUGUCGAUCGCUUUUGUCGAGGCACGUCCACCUGCCCUAUAAGUGAGGAGUCGACCGGAGCAUCAGUCAGACAUCCACCCGGGCGGAGGACAACAGGUGCGCGGCGCUCAUCCGAAACCAGCAGCGAUGCCUCACUCCUUGUUCCUCCUGUGCGUCCUGGGACUCCUCGCUCUCUCCUCUGCCUGUUACAUUCAGAACUGUCCCCGUGGAGGGAAACGGGCGCUGCCGGAGACCGGAAUCAGACAGUGCAUGUCCUGUGGCCCCAGAGACAGGGGCCGCUGCUUCGGCCCCAGUAUCUGCUGUGGGGAGGGCCUCGGCUGCCUGCUGGGCUCCCCAGAAACGGCUCACUGUGUGGAGGAGAACUACCUGCUCACCCCCUGCCAGGCCGGAGGGAGGCCGUGUGGAUCUGAGGGAGGACGCUGUGCCGUCUCAGGACUCUGCUGUAACUCGGAGAGCUGUGCGGUGGACUCUGACUGCCUGGGGGAGGCCGAGGGUGCAGAUCCAGCCGACGGCUCCAUGGGGAGCUCACCUGCAGAGUUGCUGCUGCGCCUGCUACAUGUGGCCACCAGAGGACAGCCCGAGUACUGAUGCUGCUGUUCAUGGCACUUUCUCUGCUCCUCAGGGCCUGGAGGUGCAGAAUGAAGAUCAUCACUGAGAUUUGAACCUCGAACCAAUAAAAUGCCAAGUCAAAGUUUCUUCUCUCUUAACCUCUGCCGUCGUGAUAUUUUUGUAUCUGUGCAGACAGAAUGACAGCUGUCUUCAACUUUACUAAUUGGCCAUUUCUAUCCAGAUCCCAGUGGAGAGGAAUCAUGGGUAUUUUACGUUUGUUCCCCCAUAUAUAUGUACAUACUAAUGCACAUACUGUAAACAAAAUUUUAUUCUAAAACACCUCAAGCUCCUCUUCAGAUAAGUGAGUUAUAGCAGGAAAAAUAAUGUAAAUAAGUCAGACACUGAAAGCUAAGGUUGCUGUUGACAUCCAUGUGAAACAACUGAAUGAUAACGCUAGAGCAGUUACUUCAUGUGCAGUAGAAAUGUUGUUGUAUAUUGAAAAUGGGAGAAAAAUACAGAAUCCAUCACUGACAAAAAUCAGUUGUUGUCUAUUCUCA